AUGCCUCCGAAAAAGACGUCCAAGCCUGUUGAGGCUUCGACAGAGCCGAAGAGAAGUGCUCGUACCAGUGCGAGGCAGGCAACCGUGACCAAGACGGAAAAGUCAGUCAAAGAAUCUGCAAAGCCUGCAAAGUCCACUACCAAGUCCACUACCAAGUCCACCGCGAAGUCCACUGCAACAUCUUCCAAAUCGACUACGAAGCCUACUAAAACUUCCACCCAAUCUACAUCCGCUACAAAGAAGCGCAAGGCUGAUGAGGACGAGGAGAAACCGCGCGAAAUCAAAAGGUCUCGUGUCGCGCAAGCGCGUCAGCCAAAGCCCAAGGCAAAAGUUGUCAUCAAUGAGGCUCCGAAGGCUAAGUUGAACGUAUUUGUCUGUGGUGAGGGCAGCUCUGGUGAGCUGGGUUUGGGCACAGCUAAGAAUGCCAUUGAUGUGAAACGCCCACGUUUAAACAAGCUUCUGUCUGCCGAAGAGGUCGGAGCUGUACAGGUUGCUGUCGGAGGCAUGCACUGUCUAGCUCUUACCCAUGACAACAAGAUCUUCUCCUGGGGAGUGAACGACCAGGGUGCACUCGGAAGAGAAACUGAAUGGGAUGGUGGGUACAAAGAUAUUGAAAACAACAGCGAUUCCGAUUCGGAUGAUGAAGACAGCGGAUUGAACCCCCGCGAGUCUAUUCCCACUGCGAUCCCCGCUACCGCUUUUCCCGAAGGCACUGUCUUCGUCGAAGUCGCCGCUGCCGAUAGCGCAAGCUUUGCCCUUACUGAUGAUGGUUUGGUCUAUGGCUGGGGCACUUUCAGAAGCAACGAUGGAAUCCUUGGAUUUGACGCGUCUACUCACGUUCAAAAGACCCCGACUUUGAUCUCGUCUUUGAAGAAGAUCACACACUUGACUUGCGGAGCCAAUCACGUUCUCGCCCUGAACGACCAAGGUCGCGUCUACUCGUGGGGCUCUGGGCAACAGAAUCAGCUCGGCCGUAGGAUCGUGGAACGCAACAGAUUGAACGGUCUUCAGCCUCGGGAGUUUGGCCUUCCCAAGAACAUUGUCCACAUCGGGAGUGGCCAGUACCACUCGUUUGCUGUUCACACCACUGGAAAUGUCUAUGCCUGGGGAUUGAACAGCUUCGGUGCGACGGCCAUCCGCGAGGGCGCCGGCGACGACGAAGCCGCUAUCCUCCACCCCACCCUUGUCGAAUCACUUUCUAACCGAAAUAUUUCGCAAAUCUGCGGUGGCGCUCAUCACUCGAUUGCCAUUGCUGGGGACGGCGAUUGCUUGGUUUGGGGCCGUAUCGACGGUUUCCAAAGUGGCUUGAAGAUUGAUACACUUGCCGAUGAUGCCGUUAUCAAAGAUGAGCGCGAUCGUCCCCGUAUCCUGAUCGCACCUACCCCCGUUCCUGGCAUUAAGGCCAAGGUUGUGGCGGCUGCCUCGGAUCAUUCUCUCGCUAUCGAUGCCGAUGGUCGUGCAUGGUCAUGGGGGUUUUCCGCCACGUACCAAACUGGACAAGGUACACAAGAUGACAUUGAGGUGGCUACCGUCAUCGACAACACUGCUACUCGUGGAAAGAAACUGAAUUGGGCUGGUGCUGGUGGUCAGUUCUCCGUGUUCACAGAGCCUGCCAGCGAGUAA